CCUCGACUACUUUCGUUCUUGUUUGACACCAAUCGAACCCACCAUUUGACACCACCAUUUGCCCCUGUGUGGGUGCUUAUGUAUGCCAGUGGCUCAAUCAUUUACCAAUAGACACACCACCAGGCAGAUCGCCACCUGCGAUACCCGCUCCACUUAAAUAGCAACCACUCUCGGUGGCCGGAACCCAGUUCACACACAGCCUUAGAAGUACGAGUACGAGUAUAUGGGCCAUGAAGUCGACGGCGUGGUUCUCUUUGCUGGGUUUUCUUUGGAGUGUGUCUGCCAACCCGCUGGUGGGUCUCCUAGAUCCCAACUGCCAAGUGGUGCGGGGAGAAUGUCCCAAUGAAAAUGUCUCCUUCUGGCUGUAUUCCAACUCCACGCGGGAUAACCCGAUCCUGCUGAAUCCCCUCGACCUCAAUCCCUGGGACUUCCAGCCGUCACGCCCCCUUAAGAUACUCAUCCAUGGCUACACAGGAUACCGCGACUUUGCGCCCAACUCCUUCAUCCGCCCUGUGCUCCUGGAUAACGAGGAUGUGAACGUGAUCUCCAUCGACUAUGGGCCACUGGUGCGAUAUCCCUGCUACAUCCAGGCGGUGCAGAAUCUUCCGCUGGUCAGUCAAUGCUUGGCGCAGUUGAUCAACAACCUGGUGGAUCGAGCAAUAGUGUCUAACGAGCAGAUCCACCUGAUUGGCUUCAGUUUGGGUGGUCAGGUGGCGGGUCAGACGGCCAACUAUGUGAAGAGAAAGAUGAAGAGGAUCACGGGACUGGAUCCGGCGAAGCCUCUAUUUAUCCUGGGCCCAGAUUCCAGACGAUUGGAUCCGGGAGAUGCCGACUUUGUGGACAUCAUCCAUUCGGAUGUUUUCGGUCGUGGAGUGCUGCGAGCCGCCGGUCAUGUGGAUUUCUAUCCCAACUUUGGAGCCCAACAACCCGGCUGCAUGGAGGAGAACAUGCAAGAUCCUGGAAGCUGCAAUCACGAGAGAGCUCCUCGCUUCUAUGCCGAGUCCAUUAAUUCCACCGUGGGUUUCUGGGGACGCCAAUGCUCCGGCUGGUUGGUCCAUCUCCUUGGCCUAUGUCCCACAACAGGUCCCCAGGAAAAAAUGGGCUAUCACGUUUCGGAGGAUGUAAGAGGUUCCUACUUCCUCAAGACUGCAAGUCAAGCCCCCUAUGCCCUGGGCAAGUUGGAGGAUGUGGACAAUAGACAGACCCUGGCCAAAUUCCAUUUGAAUAUCGACCACAAUGAAAUUGAUGAUGACUAUGAGCCACAGUUGUUGGAGGCGUUCCUCGAACUGGACGCGGUGAAUGUUGUUGUGAAAAUGGACGAGGACGAUUUGGAUAAGCAAUUGGACUGGAUAGAUCGGGAGGAGGAAGAACCCUUGUCGAGAAAUGUGUUCUGAUAGGUCUUAGGAUACAGAAUUAUUUAUAUUAUUUAGUUAA